AUGUCGUUAGAUACUACCACGACUACGACUGCUACCACUCUCGCGGGGAAUAAAAACGAUCGACGUCUGCAAGAGUUUAUUCUCUGGUGCGAACAAAAAGGGUGCGAGUUGAGCAAAGUCCACAUCAAAUCCAUCGACGCGUAUAAAGUGGAAACCCCUAAAGGACACCUCGCACUCCUCGAUGAUGAUGAUGAUGAUGAUGACGAAACUGGUGGUGGUGAGAAAGAGUUCGAUCGAAGAGUGUAUUGCAGAACUGCGGAUGAUGAUGAUGACAACAACAACAGUAAUACUAAUGUUGACGCCCCGACAAAAACGACGAUGAUUAAAAAAGGAGAGCGAAUUUUGUUCGUCCCUUUUGCGUGUUGCGUCGGGACGCAAGGGUUACGCGUUGGCACCGGCGGUGAUUCUUUACCUCCGUUCGAGCAAGCGACGUCGUCGGAACGGUUAGCGGCGGAGUUAUUGAGACAGAGAGAUUUGAAAGAGAAAUCGGAGUUUUACCCGUACAUUAACGCGUUGCCGAAAGUUAUCGAUUCGCCGACGUGCGGGACGUGGACGACGGAGGAGAUCAAGGAGAUGCAAUUCGCGGACGCCAUCGGGACGUGCGCGAAGACGUUGGCGAGGGAUUCGGUUAACGUGGAGAUGCACUUUAAAAAGGAAGAGACGACCGCGACGAGGAGUUGUAGGAAUUGGACGAAAAAAGAGUGGGCGUGGGCGAUGGCGAACGCGCGAUCGAGAGCGGUUGAGAUUGACGCGGACAUUGGAGACGUGGGGAAUAAGGAGGGACGAAUGCCUCCGUCUGGAGCGUUCGUGGCGCCAUUUAUCGACAUGUGUAAUCACACGCACGUCGACCCGGCGGCGUUUUGGCGGCCGGCUUAUAGCGAAAAGAAGAAAAAGGAAAUAGAAGGAAUGAACUUGAAAACAACGUCACAACACGAAGAAGCUCCGUCCGAACAAGAGCAGGAAAAGAACAAACCAGACGGCGUUGAACUCGUCGCCAGAAGAGAUUUAGAACCUGGAGAUGAAAUUACCGUCUCGUACGCCGUGGCGGAUUCAGACACCUUUCUCCUAUUCGGUGGUUUCGUCACGGAAUCUAGAAACCCUCGCGAUACGGUUGAGUUAUGGAGAACGUUACCGGAAUCUGCCACUUGGCUUUCGGAAAAACUCGUCGACGCCGGAAGUUCCGAGCAAAACGCCAUGGCUAUUCCUCUCGAAUACUCCAAAGGCGUUGCGUAUGCCAUCGUCGAACAACGUCGUCAGCACAUUUUAGAAGCCAUGGGUCAGAAUAAAGCCGACGUGAACAAGUUUGAUUGGGAUAAGUCCGGUUUAGACGAAAGCAUACGCGCCGGAUGGAAUUUCGCGAGGGACGAGGCGCACCACGCGAUGUUUUCCUUCAUCGUGCAAAACGUUAUGCAACCGGACAACGACAACGACCAGCUCUACCGACAAGUAUUAAUCGGGAGAAUCACAGAAUUACUGCAAAGCUUACCGACGUCCAUGGAAGAGGACGUCCAAAUCAUGGAGCAGUGCGUUUCUCUUCUCGACAAUAACGAUAACAACAACAACAACGAUAACGAAACGAGACUCAAAGCUUUGCGAUUGAAAACCGUCUGCCGAUACCGCGGACAAAAGAAGGCUAUUUUACAUCAAUGGUUAAACUUCCUCGCGAAAGAUGAAAUGCCCAGGGAUUUAACCGCGAUUAAAAAUCAAGUCAAAGCGAAGGAGGCGACCAGUUCCGCCGCGGAUGAACUCGCCGCCAUGUUGUAA